CAUCGGUUUGCAGGCAGGCAGGCAUGUUCGAGGCACUUUAAGCCAGUUGCCGAUCAGUGCCAGCAAUCAGUUUCGGUCGGGCAGUACUUCGGGGAUUUUCGUGUUUUCGGAGCUUCAAAUUUGGUGUACCUUAAUUGUUGUCGUCGUCGCUGCACCCCUUCUACCCCCAGCUUAAAGACAGGUCUUCAGGACUCCGUGACAGUCUGCACGCUCAGUUUGAGCCAGGUUCUCGCGGACGAAAGAGCGCGCCAAAGUUUUGGGAAAAUUUCAUUACAAAGAUUUUCAUCGCCCAAGAAAGAGUGAGCAAAAUUCGUUACCGAGCGAGUGGUGAAGGGAAAAUUCUUAUGAAGCAAAAAUUGAUGCGAAGAAAAAGUUCGUUAAAUUGAGUGAGUGAAGCGAAAAGCCGGCGCUAUUAAGUAAUAGGGUUUGCGGAGCCGUUGAAGAGCAUCGAAAUUUUCCGGAGCAAAAUUGCAGUGUGCGGUCAGCCGGCGAAAAUUUGCGCUCAAGUUUUGGCGGCGAAAAAUCGAAGGGUGCAUUCAAGCUGGGAAAGCUUUUCACAGGAUCACAGGAAGGAAUACUUUUAAAAGUCACCACCAAGAUGUCUAGCCACCAACAACAACAACAACGACGCCGCCGCCGCACCCCGGUCUACUGCGAUCAGCUGUCGUCGUGGCUUCUGCUGGCGGUCUUCGCGGUCAGCGCGGUGCUGCUCUGUUGCUGCGUAACCACCGCCCAGGCCCAGCCCCAGACGCCCCCGACCAAGUCUCAGGUGUCGGACGAAGCGCUGGACAAGGCCCUCAGCGACAAGCGGUACCUGAUGCGACAGCUCAAGUGUGCCCUCGGCGAGGUGCCGUGCGAUCCCGUCGGAAAGCGGCUGAAGAGUUUGGCCCCGUUCGUGCUGCGUGGCGCCUGUCCCCAGUGUACGGCCACCGAGAUGAACCAGAUCAAGAAGACGCUGGCCCACUUGCAGCGGAACUUCCCCCAGGAGUGGAACAAACUGGUCCAGACGUACGCCGGCUGAGCCAAGGUCAACACAAA